AUGGUUCAUUAUACAAUUGUAACAAGAUUUAUAUUAGUUUUGUGGAUGUCUAAGGUCGGAUGCGAUGAAGGGACGAAUUUUACCCUUCAAACUCAUUUGCAACAGCUCACCACAUCGAGUGAAUUGCCAGAUCCUGAGUCUACGAGAAGAACAGGGACAAGGCCAAGGUUAAAGCCAUAUCGGACGAGACGAACAACAACAACUACUACUACUACAACCACUACGACCAUUACCACUGAAAGUACAACUACAGAACCAAUAGAUGUAUUCAAACUCAAGAAAAAACAUGCAAUAGAAGAAACGUUUCCAGCUAGUAUAAUUCUUAUUGCCUGUGGAGCGACUUUAAUCUUCACCACGUUAUUUUGUCUGACGUUAAUCUGUUUCUGUCGAAAAGAACCACCCAAGACGGCAUCUAUUCAUCCUAGAAGAAAGAGAACAACACAACGCAAAGUGGAGAUGGAAAAAAUGGAUUCGCGUAGUCUAAAGAGUGCAAGUGCAACUCCUCCACCAAAACCACGACCACCAAAAGCGAAGAAAAUUGAAGCCGAAAAAAUUAAUAUGCUGGAAUUUGCUCAUAAGGGAGCGUUGGUGAUGCAAGAUGUUAAGGGCGAAGUGAAACAUGCCUUAGAUGAUGUCAAAUCUGGUGAAAUAGUAAGAGUACAGUAUGAUACUGGACAAAAUGAAAUUGUAACAAUCGGCUCAGAUGUAGAGAUCAUAAAGUCUUCCUCCACUGCCACAGGAACAGGUACAAGUAGCGAACAAAAGACAUUUUCCAACAUUUCGAAAACUAAAAAGAGUGCACGUCGCUGA